CUGGUUAAGAAAGGAGAAAAAGGGGUCCGAAAAAGUUCAUUUUCUUUCAUUUUUUUUACUCUUAGGUUGGUCAGAAUGGGAGAAGACCUAGUGGCAGACAGUGAGGACACAGCACCAUCUGCAAACAAUGACAGUAGUCCAAUGCCUCAAGGAACUCAGGCCAGAAUCUUGGACUCCAAAGCUGUUGAUGGUAUUGUGCAAACAGAAGAAACUGCUCUACUGAACAGCGGUGGGCAACGACUUCAGGAACCUAUGGCUGAGUCAAAGGCACUGGGGAAACUGAGGCAAAUAUGUGCUUGUCCUCCACAAGGCAUACUUUCCAAAAUAGUAACAUAUGGGGUAGCCGUAGUGCUGGUUUGGGCUGUGGUCUGGUCUAUUACAGGCCAUGAGAGCCUGCCUGGAGGAAACCUCUUUGGAAUUUUGUUCCUCUUCUUUUUAGCUGUUACUGGUGGUAAAAUUAUGAGCCUUAUUAAAUUACCUGGCUUGCCUUCACUUCCUCCCCUUCUUGGAAUGUUGCUUGUUGGAUUUCUCCUCAGAAAUGUCCCAUUAAUCAGUGACAUAGUCCAGAUCGAUGUGAAAUGGGGAGCUUCUCUCAGAAGUAUUGCGCUUGCUAUUAUCUUGGUCCGUGCAGGCCUUGGUCUUGAUGCAAAGGCUCUUAAAAAAUUAAAGGCUGUCUGUUUAAGGCUAAGCUUCGGGCCCUGCAUCACUGAAGCAUGCACGGCAGCUGUACUGUCUCAUUUCCUCAUGCAUCUGCCUUGGGAAUGGGGAUUUAUGUUAGGAUUUGUUCUAGGUGCUGUGUCUCCUGCUGUUGUAGUCCCUUCAAUGCUGAUUUUACAAGCCGGAGGAUAUGGUGUUGACAAGGGCAUUCCAACCUUGCUAAUGGCUGCUGGAAGUUUUGAUGACAUCUUGGCCAUCACAGGUUUCAAUACAUGCUUAGGAAUGGCCUUUUCUUCAGGUUCCACCCUUGAAAAUAUCCUCCGUGGUGUGCUGGAAGUUGCAGUUGGUAUAGCAACUGGUGGCCUUUUAGGAAUCUUUGUUCGCUACUUUCCAAGUAAGGAUCAGGCCUUACUCGUAUGGAAGAGAGCUUUCUUUUUGAUGGCCUUGUCUAUAUUUGCUGUUUUUGGCAGCAUAUAUUUUGGUUUCCCUGGAACUGGAGGGCUCUGCACAAUUGUCUUGGCAUUUCUGGCUGGAAUGGCAUGGUCUGAUGAGAAAAAGGAGGUCGAAAAAAUUAUUGCAGUUGCCUGGGAUAUUUUUCAACCCUUUCUCUUUGGUUUAAUUGGAGCUGAAAUAUCCAUUGGGUCUCUCCAACCUGAAACAGUUGGACUUUGUGUCGCUGUACUAGCUGUUGGGUUGACAGCCCGAAUUACAGCGACAUUCCUGUUGGUGUGUUUUGCUGGCUUUGAGAUCAAGGAGAAAAUAUUUAUUUCACUGGCAUGGAUCCCCAAAGCAACUGUACAGGCUGCAAUUGGUUCUGUUGCUUUAGAUACAGCACGAGAUCAAAAAAAUAAAAACUUGGAAAAAUAUGGCAUGGAUAUCUUGACAGUUGCUUUCCUGGCAAUCCUGAUUACAGCUCCGAUUGGAGCUCUGAUCAUUGGCCUGGCAGGGCCCCAACUUCUCCACAAAGCUUCUGAGACAAACACUGAAGAAGAUCAUGGGCACAGAACAAGCAGAGAAAUGGAAAUACAUGGAGCAGUUUAGAAAAUUGGCAGGGAUACCCCUCAAAAUCACACAAAUUAGUAUUCUAGGCUGCUAAGGAACCAAAGUGCUCAGUAGUGGCUUGCAGAAGUCUGACAAUAUAUGGAAUAUGUUGCAGAUCAGCACCCAAGUUUAUUUUCCUCCUUGACAUGAAUUCUGAGGAACAGCUGACACAAGCAAAAUGCAUAAUUUGGACAUAACACUUGACUGCUAGAAUGUAAUGAGUGGCCUGAUUUGGAGAGAUGAGUACCAGUCAGCAGGAAGUAUUUGAGAUGGCUCCCAAAAGUCAAAAAGUCUUGGAGCAGAAAGAUACGCAGGACCAAUACUGGAAGCAUAUAACUAGGAGUGAGAUCAUGGAUUUUGGAACAGCUGUGAGGGCGCAACUCAUUGGUUUCCAGUAGACAAAUGCAGUAAGUUCUGAUAAUGAAUGUAUACAGUCUUUGGAACAAUCCUGCAGCAUCCUACGGGACAGAUGUUUAAUAUUUAACGGAACAUAGUCCAAUAAGCAAAUGUUGCAAUUAGGACUUAAACCCAAUUAAAAGUAAUCUUACAGUGGAAUCCUAUCCAUGUCUAUUCCAAAAUAAGCCCCAGUAAGUUCAAUGGGACUUACUCCCAGGUAGGUAUGUACAAGAUUGCAAGUUUCAGUCAAAAAUGCUUGAUAACUUGCAUACAUUUUU